AUGGAUUCAGUGGCUCUUGAUGGUAUUAUAAAUCGCUUGCUUGAGGUUAAAGGGCGGCCGGGAAAGCAGGUGCAGCUCUCUGAGUCGGAGAUCAGACAGCUCUGUGUGCAGUCCAAGGAGAUUUUCUUGCAGCAGCCUAAUCUUCUUGAACUUGAAGCACCCAUUAAGAUCUGCGGGGAUAUUCAUGGUCAAUAUUCCGAUCUCCUAAGACUUUUCGAGUAUGGUGGAUUACCCCCAAAGUCCAACUACCUAUUCCUUGGUGACUAUGUCGAUCGAGGCAAGCAGAGCCUAGAAACAAUAUGCCUUCUGCUCGCCUACAAAAUCAAGUACCCUGAAAACUUUUUUUUACUGAGAGGCAACCACGAAUGUGCCUCAGUCAACCGUAUAUACGGUUUUUAUGACGAGUGCAAGAGGAGGUUCAACGUGAGAAUCUGGAAAGUUUUCACCGACUGUUUCAACUGUUUGCCUGUUGCUGCUUUAAUCGAUGAGAAGAUUUUGUGCAUGCAUGGCGGGCUCUCACCUGACCUUCACGGUCUUGAUCAGAUUCGAAAUUUGCAGCGCCCGACCGACGUGCCUGAAACGGGCUUAUUGUGUGAUUUACUUUGGUCGGACCCUAGUAAAGAUGUGAGAGACUGGGGGAUGAAUGACAGAGGCGUGUCUUACACAUUUGGCCCAGAUAAGGUGGCCGAGUUUCUCCAGAAGCAUGACCUUGACCUUAUCUGCCGAGCCCACCAGGUUGUUGAGGAUGGAUAUGAGUUUUUUGCUGAUAGGCAGCUUGUGACUAUAUUCUCUGCCCCCAAUUACUGUGGGGAGUUCGAUAAUGCCGGGGCCAUGAUGAGUGUAGAUGAGACCUUGAUGUGCUCCUUUCAAAUACUAAAGCCUGCUGAAAGGAAGCCCAAGUUUGGAUUUGGAAGUACAAAUACAACUAAGCCAGGAACUCCCCAAGCGAAAACAAAGACAUUUCUUGGUGCAAAAAUAGGAUGA